AUGAAAUUCUUUUUUGCCAUACGACGGUAUUCGACCCCGGCGGCCGCUAUUCGCUGGUUCUAUGCCACGGAUAUCCCCGUCUCCAAGCCCAAAGGGUUCAAUUACAAGCAGACGGAACGGCCCAAGAAGUUCAUCCCAUUUGCUAGGACCGACUCUGAUAAUCUGGAAGCAGCAUUCCGUGCCUGGAAAAAUGGAGAGAGCCCCAAAGAGGUGGCAGUGAAUGAGGAUCAGCUGUUUGAUUGCAACUUGGAGAAAAUGAUAAUGCGGCCGGCCUACUGGGAGGGCCCCGCUUACGAGAUACGCAGAGGACUCUGGUUUCUCGAUAAUAUGCCGCUUCCAGCGCCGAUUGCAGACCAGCUGGAACACAAGUACAGGGAGUUGGGCCCGUUCAAAGAGCUACAGUCUUCUGACGAGCCCGUGACGGCCGAGAUCGCGUCGGAGGUGAGUUUGUACGAGAGAGAAGGGAGGAAGUGGCCGUUUGAAAAAGCAACCGAUUUUGAAAAAGAGGACAAGAUCGCGGUGUUCAAGGACCACAAGACGGCGUUCAUGAUCUCCAAGGACUCGACAGUUGGCAAGCUUCAGAUCAAAAACUUCUACAAGCUGCCGGCCCAGCAGGUCCUGGGGGCAGACACGGUCACCCGGGGAUACGAGAAAGCGGAGCCGAAAAAGACAGAGGAGGCCUCUGAGGAAAGCACGGACGAAGAGAAGGAUCUGCUGACCUCGUGGAUGAAGAGCUGGACGGGCCAGGCCAGUAACGAGCGGUUCCAGAAAGACAUGGAGGCAGAUUACACGAGCCCGAAUAUCAUAGCCAACUCCGGCGACCGAGAGGUGGACCAUUUAAUUCUGUGCAUCCACGGGAUUGGCCAGACGCUCAGCCACCGGUUCGCUUCGGUCAACUUCGCCCACGACUGCAACAACAUGAGAAAACACUUCAAGCAACUCUUUACCCAUAAUCCCAAAUACGUGAAAAUGGCCUAUUCUGAAGAGGAAAUUGCGCGGCACAAAAACGACGGAAAGCUCAGCAACUGCAAGGUGCAGGUGCUGCCGAUCAUCUGGCGGUUUGACGUGGACUUCUCGCUAGAUAAGAUAUUUGACGAAUACGAGCCGGACGGACAUCCGCGGCUGCCCACGCUCAACCAAAUCAAUAUUGAUGCAAUCACACCACUGCGGCAUCUUGCAGCGGACGUAGUUAUGGACAUUUUACUUUUUUACGAGCCCCGUUUCAAGCAGCAGAUUCUGUCGAGCGUCGUCAAGUACGCCAAUGCCAUCUACGACAAGUACUUGGAGCGGCAUCCGCAAUUUGAUGGCAAGAUAUCCCUGCUUGGCCACUCGCUAGGCUCUGCCAUCUGUCUGGACAUCUUGUGCUCCCAGCCUGACUCUCCCGAGGACCUCGACCCUAGAAAGCAUCUCAAGUUCCCGGUGGAGAACUUCUUUGGACUCGGCUCGCCGAACGGCGUGUUCAAGCUUAUCCAGCGUCACAACAUUCGAGCCCGCGACAGUGCGAACCAUGAAAAUGUGAGCUCUCCGAAAGUCGGCAAUUACUACAAUAUUUUCUAUCCCACGGAUCCCGUGGCCUACAGAGUCGAGCCCCUGGUGCACUCCUUCCUUGCAGACGUGAAGCCCCAAACGAUUGCUUUUGAGGAUGAUAGCCUCAACUCGCAAAUCCAGUCUCUUGCCGAGCUGCCAAAUAACCUGAUAAACAACGAGUACUUGCGUCGUGCUAUCAAUUUCGCCGGAUUGGGCGACGCGGCCCAAAACGGCGAGAAACAGGAUAAAACCCCGAAGCAUACCGAGCAAAAAGUAAUCCCUGACCACGUCAAGAAGCUGCUGGAAGGGCUGAAUCGCACCGGACGUGUCGACUACUCGCUGCCACAAGGCUACUUCGACAUCGACCUGAUCAGCGCGGUGGGGUCGCACAUCCAGUACUUUGACGACCGCGACGUGAUUGGGUUUCUGCUUACGCAGCUGUGGCCGCCAGACACGCAGUAG